AUGAUUUGUGCUGUUGUAUUCAACGAUAUUGACGCUAUGGCGAAGCUUGACAUCGCACCUGUCGUACAAGCUGGUAUCAUCACUCCAAAAGUUUCUUCAGAGUAUACGGUAUCCCGAAGUUCAUGGAAAAGUCAACUGCCGUCUCAUGAUUGCUAUUACUGCUUUCUAGCAGAAACACCAAUCGUCACAUCUUGUGAGCAAUGCAUGGAGGCCAACGAUCUCACAUAUUUGCAGCGGUUUGGAAUCGAUAAUGACAGGAUUGCUCAAAAAGUUUUCACUGGGAAGUCAUUUGCGCACUUCGAAGAGAAGUUUGAGGUGGAGAUUUCUGGACCAACAGCAACACCCACCACCCGACACCCACUCCAAUCCCCACUGCUGAGAACUGUGAACUUUGCAUGGAGCCUCGUCACUUCCUUGGUUGGAGCGAUGAACGAUGAGGCAUAUCAUUCCUAUCUCUAA